AUGCAAGCACUGUUUCUGAUCACUAUAUUCCCCGACGCAAAUCAUAUUGUGCAGAGGAUCGAAGAACACGUGUUAGAAGCCAAGGAAGAUGAAGCUUUAAUCUUGCGAAAGUCCGCCUCGGAAGAUUGUACAAUGCUAGCGGUCGCAGCAGCUAUUGUGGCCCAAGUUGCCAUCACGGCGCUGGCUCUUGAUAAGAUCGACCAGGUGCACUGGACAGCCAAAGCAGCUUUCGUAGUCAGCCUAUCAACUGGUGGUCUUUCCGUGUUCUAUGCUUGCCUGGUUCAACAAAAAAUGAGCAGUCUCUUUACAGUAGAAGAUGUCAAAGACUUCUUUAGUCAGCCGAGCAGUUCUGAGCAGCUCCGCAAACUCGAGAAGGAGCUUAAUAUGUUAGCCUAUCAGCUUAACAAAGCGAGAGAGAAUGAGAGGGGGAGUGAGAUGACCACUGGGAUAUAUCAAAAGUUGAUGACGAUUGAGUCACUCGUCAAACAGUUUAAACGCGAUAACCGGUGGAAAGCAGCUUCGUUUCAUUCCAUUCUGAUGGUGAAGGCGCCAACUUUAUUACUCAAAUACGCGUUGGCCGCUUUUGUUAUCGGCCUUGGGAUUUAUUAUGGAUGCUUAGCAUUCAACAAAGCAGAGGACCCUGGUCAGUCCCCACUUGCAAUAUUCUUAUUCUACCUCAUCAGCGUCUUCUUGGGCCUCUUGAUUUAUUACGUGCCUGCGAUGCUCAAGGGCCUAGAGACGUCUUCCUUGCGUCGCUACGCCUACCUCCUCAAGGACCGAAAACGACGUGAUACCAAACGUGAAGAAGAGAUGCUGGAGAAUAUAACAAGAGUAAUCAAUUCAGAUCAGCCACAGACUCACGAAGAUGAUGCUUCCGAAGACGCAUUGUCCUGGGAAGAAAGAUUCGGAGAUGUUACUCGGCCUGAACUUUCUCCUUCUCACACUACGGAAAUCCGGCCAUCGAUCCAUCGUAUUAAUUCAGGUAGGCGUUCCAUCAAUUCGACAGCCUAG